GUUAUCACAUCCUUAUCUCAUUAACGAUUUUAUUGUUAUAUCAGGGACCAAAGUCUCCGAUAUCUAGUAUGUCUUUUGUAGUUUGUUAAAAGUCAUGGCUUAAUGAUAUAUAUGUUGAAGAGGAAGGGGAUUUUAUCUCAGUCUGUUCUCAAACAUAGAGUAGAAAGGAGAUUCAAAACGAAAAAGAGAUGGCACAAAUAACAUUUGCAAUUUUAACUGUAAGCGACACUUGCGCAAAGGGUGAGAAAACAGACAAAAGCGGUCCUGCGUUAAAAGAACUUGUCAGUAACACAAACACUAAAGUAGGAAGUAUACUCAAAGGAAAUGUUAUUUGUGCAGCAACGGUGCCAGACGAAAAAGAUAUGAUAGUGAAAUACUUAAUUUCUCGGAGUGACAAGUAUAAAGUAAACGUUAUUCUCACUACUGGUGGUACUGGAAUGUCUAAAAGGGACAUAACACCCGAGGCAACUAGAAAAGUUCUUGAUAAGGAAACUCCUGGAAUGGUUACAGCAAUGUUGAUGGCAGGCUUGAAAAAUACACCAAUGGCUAUGCUUUCUCGAGCUGUAUGUGGAAUACGAAAUAAGACGUUAAUUAUUAAUUUGCCCGGUUCACGUAAUGCUGUGGAAGAAUGCUUGACCGCAAUUGCACCUGCGAUACCACAUGCAGUAGAUUUGAUCACAGAUAGGAAAGCAUUAAUUGCGGAUACUCAUAAAGUUAUGGAACAUGCAGAUACAUCUUUAUUAAGUCAGCAGACUGGCUCUAGCUCAACCAUGAUGGUUUGUAAAAAUGUUGUACAACGCAGCAGACAGUCUCCAUUUCCCAUGAUUACAGUGGAAGAAGCACUAGAGUUAAUACAUAAGAGUGUACAGGUAACAGAAACUGAAAUUGUGAAUACGGAAGAUGCGCAUGGCAGAAUAUUAGUGAAAGAUAUACAUUCCUUCUGUGACUUGCCACCAUUUAAAGCUUCCAUUAAAGAUGGAUAUGCAGUAUUGGCAAGUGAUGGGAAAGGUACAAGAAAAGUGUUAUGUGGUGUAACAGCAGGAACUGAACCUUUUUCAUCUUUGCUUACAACUGGUACAUGUAUGCGCAUAAACACUGGAGCACCUGUACCUGAUGGUGCAACAGCAGUUGUGCAAGUUGAGGAUACAAAGCUAAUAUCAGAGAGCUCUGAUAAAACUGAAGAAGAAGAAAUUGAGAUAAUGACCGAACCGAUAGCAGGACAAGAUAUUAGACCUAUUGGUUCCGACAUAGAAAAAGGAAGUUUAGUUAUCAAUGCGCACACUAUUAUUGGUGCAACGGAGAUUGGACUUCUGGCAGCUUGUGGUGCUAAAGAAGUUACGGUUACUAAACUUCCGUCUAUAGGUGUAUUAUCCACGGGAAACGAGUUACAGGAUAUCGGAGAACCAUUGAAACCAGGAUGUGUUUACGAUAGCAAUAGGAUAACCUUGAUCACAUUGUUAAAAGAGAACGGUUUCGUAGCAUUGGAUUUCGGAAUCGUGAUUGAUGAAGAAAUUGUUUUGAUAUCUAAGAUGCAAGAAGCUUUGCAGAAGGUAGAUGUACUCGUGACAACAGGUUCUGUAUCAAUGGGCGAUAGAGAUAUACUGAAACCUAUUCUGAAAGAAUAUUUCAAAGCAACAAUAUAUUUUGGUCGCGUAAAUAUGAAGCCGGGAAAACCAACGACGUUUGCAACGUGUACGUUUAAUAAUAGAAAAAAGUAUUUCCUCUGUCUUCCGGGUAAUCCGGUAUCCGCUGUUGUUACCGCACGUUUAUUUCUUUUCCCUCUUUUAAAAGAGAUGUGCGGUGAUUCAUCAAAACCCAUCAUAGUACAAGCUAAGUCGACAUCGUCGUAUAAAUUGGACCCGCGUCCCGAAUAUGCGAGAGUGAUUUUGGAAUGGAAUGACAACAAAACAGAACUGCCACUAGCCUACAGCACAGGAAAUCAAAUAAGUAGUAAACUACUUAGUUGCAGAGGCGCCAAUGCGCUUCUAAUGCUGCCGGGACGAACGGAAGAGAAAAAGAUGUUGGAUAAGGAUGAGAUUGUACCAGCGAUGCUUAUUGGAUUUCGAUAAAUUUUGAUGUUCACAACAGUUAUUAUUAUUAUAUAUUAUAUAUUAUUAUUAUACUAUACAAGAACAGUUAUUAUUAUUAAGGAUUUGCAUAUGUUUAUACUUUGUUAAACAUUUGGGAGA